AUGGCGGACGACGAGGAAAAGGCCAAGGCCGAGAAGCUCGCCGCUGCCCGGAAGCGCGUCGCUCAAAUGCAGAAGCAAAAGGGUAAAAAGACAGGCAAGAAAGUUGCAGCUGGCGAGACCGCCGGCAAGGAUGAGGGUGCUGCUGCUGCUACUACGAAACCGGAUGACAGCGCCGGAGACAAGCCAGAUAAGGAACCAACCGAACUCGAAGCUGAAAAGGAGCCAGAACCCGAGAAAACAGAUGAGAAGGAGGAAGCUGCAGAAAAGGAAGUUGAAUCGCCAACUGAGCCUAUGCCGGACGCGCCAACCUCGCCUGGGCCAGAAGCCAGCCCUGGCGAGGUCGUCGCAGCACUACCAACCCGUGGGCUACACGCACGACAGCCCUCGCUAUCAAUGCAAUCGAAGAGACGAUCCUCUUCAUUCCGAACGUCAGUCUCAACAACGGUUUCGCCAGUGGCCGGGAUGAAAUCACCUCCACCGCUUCCACCAUUAGCUCCAGACAGUGAGCAAGUCCACGAGGUGUUUCGCAGACAAGCCGCCCGCGUGGAGGAACUCGAGAAGGAGAACAAGAAGUUGGAAAAGGAUCUUGAUGAUGCCAAUUCAAGGAGGCAAAAGUCAGAGAACGAGCUUGAGGAUAUCCGGGAAUCCAGUGUUGAAGUGGUCGAAUUGAAAGAUCGCUUAGACAAGGCGGAAAAGCAGGUCGCCGAGAUAGAGUCACUGAGGACAGAGAUUGCCUCCCUACAGCGACAAAAUUCUCUUCUGCAAUCCAAAACCCACCGAGCAACCGCCGCCGGCCAUGCGGAAUCACCGCAGUCAGAGCUUGUACAAGAGCUGGAAUCCAAGUCGUCUACUAUCGAAGCCAUGGAGCUUGAAAUUUCGAAUCUACGUGCCCAGCUCUCCUCGGAAUCAACAUCAAGCAACGGCUAUCAAGGCCAGAUAACAGCUUUGGAGGAGAAGCUUUCUCAGAGUGAAAUUGCCCUUGAAAAGUCACAACAAGAGCUCGUAGAUACCAAACAGUCGCUUUCCCGAGCAUCUGAGAAGGCAAUGAAAGAAGGCGUUGACAAAACAAGCUCGGAAACAUUAAUCAAGAACCUUAGGCGGGAAAUAGAAGAGCUACAAGAGGCAAAGACCAUAUCUGAAAAGAGAGCCGACACUUUGGACAAGAAAUUACAGGCUCUCGGUAACCUACACAAGGAGUCUGAGACUCGACAUCAAACGCGACUCAAGGACCACGAGAAAAUGGAAAAGGAACUGGCGAUUUUGAAGAAGAAACUCGCUAGCGUGGAAAACGAGAACCUUCGAUUACGAGAAGACAAAGAGCGAAGCAAAAAGCGAGAAGCCGGGGUUGAAGGAAAUGAGAGCUUGGAUGAGCUUGAAGAUGAAGAGCGCGCCCAAUUGGAGCGCAGGGUGCGCGAACUCGAAGGCGAGAACUUUGAUUUACGAAGGGGGGCCUGGAAAGAAAGGAGAAAGGAGCUUGGAGAAGAAGAGGGGGAGGAAGAGUUUGAGACGUCUACCAGCCCGGGGAAUACCUUUGACGAGGUCGAUCUGGUCGGAGGUGCUCCCAAUCAUUCACGGCGCAGGAGCCUCAUGAUGCAGAACCGCUCGCAACAGCAACAGCAUUCUUCUUUUGCUACAGUGAUCUCGAGUGGCCUGGCAGCUUUUACUGGCAACAACGCCAACAGCAACAACACCCGGGAACGACAGGCCUCUAUCCAAAACCACCCUCCGGCCGCGCGAGGCAGCCUUGAAUUGCUCGCCGAGGAGGACAACGACGAGUUUGACGAGGACGCCUUUGCCCGCGCACAGGCGGAAGAAGAAGCGCGCAAACGAGUCGAAUGGGCGCGCGAGGUGAAACGAAAACUACGAAACUGGAAUGGAUGGCGCCUCGAUCUGGUCGACAGUCGGGCUGUUGCGUGGAUUCCCGCCGUCGCGAUGAACGGCUUCUCAGGGCACGGCCUCGACGAGGAUGCAUUCGGGGAGAAAGCAAGCGGUAGCACCGCUGGCUUCAGGACAUUUGACGCCUUUCCCAAAACCAAAGCGAGUUACGUUACCCCGACACGCCGCGGAGGACAGUGGACGGUGUUUAUCUAUACUGUCUGCACGAUUCUAUCGCUCGGAGAGCUGUUGAAAUGGUACCGGGGCACAGAAAACCAGCACUUCAGCGUCGAAAAGGGCGUGUCACGCGAUCUGCAGAUGAAUCUCGACAUGGUCGUCCACAUGCCCUGCAUGGAUCUCCAAAUCAAUGUGCAAGACGCCUCGGGCGAUCAUAUCAUGGCUGGCAUGCUACUCACAAAGGACAACACGAAUUGGGAGCUGUGGAACAACAAACUGAACCAGAUCUCCUCUGGUGAGCACGAGUAUCAGACUCUCAACGCUGAGGAUAACAAUCGGCUGUUGGCCCAAGAGGAAGACAUGCACGCCCACCAUGUCAUCCAGCAUGUGCGCCGGAACCCGCGCAGAAAGUUCCCCAGAACCCCCAGGUUGAGUGGGAAGUACCCCGCAGACUCUUGUCGCAUUUAUGGUAGCUUGGAAGGGAACAAGGUCCAGGGAGACUUUCACGUAACAGCGCGAGGACAUGGAUAUAGUGACAUUUUACAACAUCUCGAUCAUGCAAAAUUCAAUUUCUCGCACAUGAUUACCGAGCUGUCCUUUGGACCACACUAUCCUUCUCUACUCAACCCGCUCGACAAAACCAUAUCAACCACCGAAACCCACUACUAUAAAUACCAGUACUUCCUCAACAUCGUGCCGACCAUCUACUCUCGAAGCAACAACGCUGUUGAAAAAUACACGGCCAACCCGGCCCUGGCUUUCAAAAAGGCCAAAAACACCAUCUUCACAAACCAGUACUCGGCCACGAGCCAAUCUCUCGCUUUACCCGAGAACCCUUGGAACUCCCCGGGCGUUUUCUUCAAGUACAACAUCGAGCCCGUCCUGUUGUUUGUCAACGAGGAGCGCGGCAGCUUUUUGGCUUUGCUGGUGCGUCUCGUCAACGUCGUCUCGGGAGUGAUUGUCACUGGUGGAUGGCUCUUUCAGUUGUCUUCCUGGGCGAUGGAAUUUGUUAGACGGCGAACACGUCGGUCAGAGGGUGUGUUGAACGGACGCACACACUCGGCCUACGACGAGUGA